AUGGGUAUUAGAAUCCAGGACAAUUGCACAUCGAUGGGUCAACGUAUCGCCAAGCACCACAUGCAAUCCGGCGUUAAACUUUAUCAUCAACGGCGUCAUCAGCAAGCAAUUGCUCGUUGGCGAGCUGCUCUUCGACGACUUACAAAUGCAGAGGACCGUUUUAUAACGAUUGGAUAUAUGGUGCAAGCAUAUUGUGAUGCAAGCAAUUACCAGCAGAUGUUGCGAUACGCUUUGCAACAAAUGGAAUUAGCCAAUGUCCAGCAAGACGAAUUCAUGAAAAGUGAAGCAUUCCUGAAUUUGGCUAAAGCAUAUGAACGAUUGGCCGAUUUCGGCAAGGCAAUUGGUUACGGUCGUGCUAGUCUACAACACCCAAACAUAGAUCCAAGAACUCUCGGGCAUGCUCACCUCGUCGUGGCUUUAUCACAGCUUGGAUUCAGUCAAUUCCAAGCAAGUCUAGAAGCAUUUGAAAAAGCGAUGUGUGUCGCAAACCAGUAUUCUGAUAGGUUAUUGGAAUUACAAGUUUGUGUUGGACUUGGUGUUCUCUUUACCUUACUCAGGGACUUUUCGAAAGCAAUUUUAUUUUUGCGAAAUGCAUUGGCAAUUCUGGAUGGUGUUACGGUCGAUGAUGUGCAUGCAAAAUAUCGCAGCGUCGUGCUUUAUCAUUUAUCAGUUGUCCUGCGGAGAAAGGGUUCAUUGGUAGAUGCGAGAGCAACAUGUGAUGAAGCAAUGAAAUUGGCUCAAGAAACUAACAACCGCUCCGUGUAUGCUCGUUGCUUAUGUUCCAUGGCUAAUAUAUGUCGUGACCUGGGUGAAUCUGAAGCCAAAGAAACUCUCACCAAAAGCUGGUCACGUUAUGAAGAAGCAUAUCGAAUGAUGCGUCAAACAAAUGAUCGUAUGGGUGAAGUAUUAGUUCUUGAUAGUAUGGCCAAGUCAGCCUCUGAAUGCCGCACUUUUUACACUGGUAAAUGCGAGUGCCAGGCGAUUCAGCUCAAUAAAAAAUGCUUAGAAGUAGCUAAGGCGAUCGGAUGUAGACAUGCAAUGAUGAAAUGUCAUCUGAGGCUGCAGGAUCUUUACAAUCAGCUAAAUGAUGAGGACAGUGAAGAGUUGGCCAGAAAAGCGGUGACGUCGUUAACACAGGAGAUGGAGUUGUUUUGUAAUUUCUGUGGACAACGAUAUGGACUAUACGAUGAUUCUUUGCAGGCACUUCGAUGUUCUCAUAUUUUUCAUGAAAGAUGUUUACAAGCAUAUUUAGCAGAGUGUUUAAAUCCAAACUGUCCUAAAUGCCAAUGCAAAGCAGUACUUAUGGACAGCGUAUCAGUAAGCACGCUAUCCGUUUCAUCGUUUGUCGCUACUUCACGUUUGUCGCAACCAAUUCCUUCUUCCGAAGAUAUACCAUUUCGGUCCACAACAGAAGAAAUUGAUACUGUCAAAUCAUCUGUGAUCGAAGGACAAACUUCAAGUGAACGACAUCCAAAGGUUUCAUUAUCACAUCCAACAUUUCGAGAAUUAAAAACAGUUCAGAAUAAUAUCGACUCACCACACAUUUGCACCACUGCAGUAGUUCCAGCAGUCGGAUCUCUUUCAAUGAACACAUUACCGAAACUACCCGUUUGCAAGAUGGAUGGCACAUUGCUAGUCUCUUCAGUGCUAAACUACUCGGAAGAAGAACUACGAACAGGUGGCCCAUUAGUAUUACCACGUGGGCUUACCAUUACUGAUGUGUAG